AUGACUACCGCAAGAUUUCUUCACAUUGAUACCUCUUCAUACGAGGGAAAGCCAUGGAGCAAAGUGGACGGUGGCGGCAAUAGCUUCAGCGAGAAGAGCUAUGAAAGACAAGUCACAGAUAUCCGUGGAAGAGAACAUGAAUUCACCACGGAAAACUCUGGAUUCCAAGUUUUAAAAUACCCGGCAAAAGAGAAGCUGUUUACCGACGACCAGGCUGUGCGCGAAGGCUACUACCACGAAGUCCUGAACCUGCUGCGUGACACCAUUCCAGGCAUCAGGAAGAUUGUCAUCUUCGAUCACACCAUCCGCCGACGGACAAAAGAUGCUGCUCGAAAGCCGGUACAGCAAGUUCAUGUCGAUCAGACGGCCGAUGCGGCGGAAGCUCGUGUUCGUCGUCACGUGCCCAAAGAUGAAGCUGAAGACCUUCUCAAGGGCCGCUAUCAAAUCAUCAACGUAUGGCGUCCAAUUGAGAACCCCGCUUCUGACCACCCUCUUGCAGUCGUCGACUGGCGUAGCACAUCACCAGAAGACUUGAUUCCUACGGACCUGCUAUACCCAAAGCGCGACUCCAUGGACGCAGAUGAUCGCGGGAAGGAGGUUCCGCCCGUCAAGUUCGAUGACAAGUCCACAGAAGGUUAUGAGGUAAAGGGUGAGGUCAUGUAUGUUGCACCAAACGAGAACCAUAAAUUCUACUAUCAAAGCAACAUGACACCUGACGAGGCGUUGUUGUUGAAGUGCUUCGACAGCCAUGGUGAGGGUAUGCCAAAUGGGAAGAAGGGACUUGCUGUGGGAACACCACAUACUGCAUUUGCGGACCCUAAGACGCCUGCAGAUGCGCCCGGCCGUCAGAGUAUUGAAGUAAGGUGCUUGGUCUUCUGCGAAUGA